CUUGUUGGGACUGCUAAAACAUAUCCACGAGCUCCAAGUGCAAGAGGGGAGGCUGGGAGAGUGGUUGAAAGCCAUGAAAGACCACUGGCUCGACAGUUCGGUUAAAGAUAAAGAUUAGAUCAUUGUAAACUGAAAAAUAUAUAAUGUAACUAAAAAAAAAAACAAUCCUCUCUCUGCCGAGUAAUUUCAACUUGAAACUUUAGCACAUUAAUUUCAUUUUUCAAACAUUAUUUAAGGAAUUACCUUUAUCAACAAAAUAUGCGCGUACACGACGAUUCUAGAAGUUCAACACAAGGAAAGGAUCUCCAAUCUCCAUUUUACGCAUCUGUGGAGUUUGACAGAUGGAUUUAACAGCGCCUGACAGAGACUGAGCCGUUCGUUAUUGUUGAUUUUUAAAGUCACAUCGGAAAGUUUUGAUAAGUUAGUGGUGAUUGCAUUAAGCGUGAUGAGCGGAGGUCGCUUUGAGUUCGAUGAUGGCGGAGCUUAUUGUGGAGGCUGGGAGGGAGGUAAAGCGCACGGGCACGGGAUCUGUACCGGACCUAAAGGACAAGGAGAGUUCUCCGGUUCCUGGAAUUACGGGUUCGAGGUGGUGGGAGUGUAUACCUGGCCGAGUGGAAACACUUACGAGGGGUAUUGGUCCCAAGGAAAGCGUCACGGUCUAGGUGUGGAGAGCAAGGGACACUGGCUCUACAAGGGAGAGUGGACGCACGGAUUUAAAGGCAGAUACGGGACGCGCAUCAGCCAGGCCAGUGGUGCCAAGUACGAAGGCACUUGGAAUAACGGACUGCAGGAUGGUUACGGCACGGAGACCUAUGCGGAUGCCGGUACCUUCCAGGGCCAGUUCACUGGCGGCAUGCGACACGGCUAUGGAGUACGUCAAAGUGUUCCCUAUGGCAUGGCAGCGGUGGUGCGUUCUCCUCUGAGAAACUCUCUGAGCUCCCUGCGAAGUGAACACAGCAAUGGGACACUCCUGCAACAGGACAUCCCAGUCAUCACUGCCACCAACGCAUCUGGUCAGGAGACCCUGGUCAACACUCCCAUGCCUCUGGGCCCAUCUCGUGGCGGUUUUGCCCUCACCCUGCAAGUGGACCCAGAUGCAGUCAAGCCCAAGAAGAAAGGCCUCUUCCGGCGUGGCUCACUUCUAGGCAAGCUGAAGAAGUCCGAUUCCCGCACUUCCCUCUCCAGCAAUAAGAGCAAGCUUAGCUUUUUGCGGAGUGGGUCAGCUCUCAGCUCCGCUGCCAGCGAUGCAAACUCCACCAUCAGCCUGGGUGAGAGCGAAGGAGAAGGUGAAGGUCAGGAGUUUCCCCCAGUGGAGUCAGACAUUGACGCCACCACCACUGAAGUCUACAUGGGAGAGUGGAAAAACGACAAGCGCUCGGGUUAUGGGAUCAGUGAACGUUCUAGUGGGCUUAAAUAUGAGGGCGAAUGGCUGAACAACCAACGGCACGGUUAUGGGUGCACCACUUUCGCAGAGGGUGGCAAAGAAGAAGGCAAGUACAUUAACAACAUGCUGGUGAAGUCUGUAAAGAAGAAGGUAAUUCAGCUGAAGGGUACUAAGAUCAAGCAAAAAGUGGAGCGCAGUGUGGAAGGAGCCCAGAGGGCAGCUGCCAUAGCCAAACAGAAGGCCGAAAUUGCCAACUCAAGAACAACCCAUGCUAAAAGUAAAGGAGACGCUGCAGAACAGGCCGCCCUAGCCGCCAACAAUGAGUCUAGUAUCGCUCGUGUAGUUGCCAGAGAGCUCUCUCCCUCUUUCCAUCAACCAGGUCCUGAGUAUAUAAAAAAACGAGCCUUGCAGGAGAUUGCUCAGAGCAAUGAGAAUGCAGACACAGGGAUGCACGAGCCCUUGUUAGCUGAAGAUUCCCUACCAACACCCCCAGAGAGCCCCUUCAUGAAUGAGCUGGAAAGUCUAAGACCAAGCUCCACUUCUGCACGCACCCCCUCACCUACUCCAGUCAUCGUUCCUCAGGCACAAAGCAGGGAAGAUCCCAACCUCUUGAGCCCCGGCAGCUGGAAUGGAGACAAGGCCAGUCGAGGCAGCGGUAGCAGAGGCAGCAGUAGAGCAGGUAGUAGGCCAAGCAGUCGACCCACCACCCCGUCUUCCACUCCUGCCGUUGCUCCCGCUCCAGAUGCAGGUCCUGAGGAACAUUCUGCUCCCAGCAGUAAGGUCCCAUCCCGUACCCCUAGCCGCCAGAGCGCCAAAGCAGAGCAGGGUUCAGACCUGGAAAUCAAAGCUUUGCAGAACAUGGACUCAGAGUCAAAAGUAGCAGAACCUGUCCCUGCUGCUACCCCAGUAAGAACCAAUCUCGUCCUCACCACCGACGAAGAAGAGUCACCUCCACCACCUCGCUCUGCCCCUAAGCUGUCCCCCAAAGCAGUCACACCAGAGCCAAAGGCAGCUCAAGUCAAACACAAAGAUGAAACAAGGGAGCCUGUACAUGAGCGCCCAUCUUCAAUGACAGAAAGCAAGCCUGAGUCUAGGACAGAAGUCAGGGAGGAGAAGAAAUUAACCAACAGAAUGGAGCCUAAACCUUCGCCAAAACGAGAACCAAGCCCUGCUCCAAAAGUUGCACCAAAGCCUGAGCCCAAGUCAGUGCCUAACCCAGAACAUAAACCUGUGGUCAAGCCGGUUGCUAAACCAGUUGCCAAGAUCGAGGCCAAAACUGAGACGAGGCAGAGGUCUCUUUUGAAAGCCCCCAGCGAAACAAUACAAGAACCUCUGGAGCUAGAUGAGGGGCCAAACACAAUAAUGAUCUGCAUGGUUAUAUUCCUGAACAUUGGUUUGGCAAUUCUUUUCGUUCACAUCUUGUCUUGAGAUGACAAAGCCUAAGCCAAAACCAUCCAGGUGAAAGAAACGACCAUGGGGAGCUGUGAGAAUGCACUGCGCUCCAUUAACGGCUCUGUUGUUGCGUUAUCCAGUUUCAGACCAGCCCUCCUAAGCUACUCUAAAGUUGGUUGUCAUCUGUAACUGGACUGAGUGCUCCUAAAUGAUCAGUGCAUCUCCUUGCCAGAAUGCUAUAGAAUAAAGCAUUUGUGCACAUUUGCUUUGUUUGUGAAAGGUACUACUGCAUUUAACAGUUCUGCUGAAGUCUAAUGCAGGUGAAACUGAAUAAUCUAUAAGGGCUAACUGAUGUUAAGUACAUUCGCAAUCACAAUACAUAUUCUAUAAAACAGAACAUGUCAUUUGGCAUGUAACAUUCAUCUUUGGAGAAUAAACAAAUAGUUAUGACAUUACGAAAUGGGUCAAUACUUUUUCUUCUGUUCAAUGGCUUGAACAAACAUAAAUUCCACCAGUGCACUAAUGCUUUAACACCAGGUAGUGGCAUUCAUCAAAAUCUCUGAUGCUGUAUGCAAAUACAAAUUUAAUGUCUUAAAGUAUCCCCUGCAUGAUAAAAGUCAACAUGGCUGAAAAAUAAAUUGCUAAAACACUUUUUUGGAUUUUCCAUGAUGAAAAAAGUAUUCCACAAUGAGAAUAUUCUAAUUAGAAAAUUAGGUCUAUGAAGAUGUAACAUGGUUAAUUUUCUUAAGCUAAAGCAUCCCUAUAGAGAAGGUUUCCACAAGUUGGCGUGAGAGUUUUUAAACAAGAAUCUAAAAAUACCUCUUCACUGAAUGGAAAAAGAAAAAAAAAGAAGGGGAAAAAAAUAUGUUGUGGCUAACUAACUCUUGUACUGUGAAUUUGUGAUAGUCCUGCCUUUUGUUUUGCCUGUAUUAGUCAUAAAACGGUAUGCAAAAGAUUUAAGAAUGUUCAAACCAGAUGGUGCAAGUGUACAUGUCCCACAUUUUUAUGCAUGUAUGUGCACAUUUGAGUGUUUUUGUAAAUUUCUAAAUCAUGGACAUUUUCAGAAACAUUUCAUGGUUUUAGCUAAUUUAACCCGUAUAGAGUAGUGCAUUACCUCAAAUUUGCAAAGGUCUUAUAGAAAAUAUUGUAACUGUGCAAAAUGUUAUUUAUUGAAUAAAUAAAGGGGUGUUAACGUUUUAUCUAGAAUAACUAAUUAAGUUUAAUUUGAUUAAGUGUUUACAGGUCCUAAUUCACCCGAAAUACAGAUAUUAGCCACUUGUUUCUCACAUGCCUCUUAAAUGUCUAAAAUCACUAGAUAUUUAAAGGGGUCCUAUUAUGCCCUUUUACACAGUCUUGAUUUUGUUUUGGGGUGUACUAGAACAUUCUCUCAUGCUUGGUGGUUCGAAAAACGCAUUAUUAUUCACAAAAUUCACAUAACCAUUACCUUUCUCCCCAGCCUGGAACAAACGGCUCGAUUAUAUCGGGAUUUGAUGAAGGCCCGCCUUACGAAAACCGAGAUAUGAUGUGAUUGGUUAGCUGUCCCUGUGCAUUGUGAUUGGCGAACAGCUUAGAUUGUGUUUUUUUUACUGUCGGCCCUUGCCAAAGCAGUAAGUUCUGUCUGCUCCUGUACAGUUAAAUGUGCUGAAUGUUAGUUUUUGACUGUACUAAAGCAUAAAAAUACCAUAAUAUGUUUGUAGAUAUUCAAGAAAGAUGCUAAGUUAAUAUAUUUGUCUAUCUGUAAAACAAUGCAACAGUCAGUUAGUCUUCUUUGAAAAUGUGCGUUCCGGGCUGGAAUGUUGGUCUCGGUUUUGGUUCGUGAAACCCUCCCACUGCCAGUUUACCCGACUAUAUUUCGGUCACCCGUGCUGCCAGUUGGCGGGAAACCCAGCAUGUUUCAUUUCAGUCAUUGAAAGCUGGCAAACGUUUGUGACAAAAUAAUGAAGUGCACUGAUAAAUUAUUUAUAAUAAACACUACAGUAUUCAAUUAAAAAAUAAACAUUUUUAAUUUAGAUUUCAUGGUGACAGUUUGACCCGUUUUCAGACACCGGGAAUAUUGAACAAGAGGAUCGCACAGAACCUUUGCAUGCACGCAUAUUGCAAGACAUAUUAGAGGAUAACUAGGGUUUGGCCGUGAUCCCACCACCACAUACCCCCACAAUCCGCCGGACACGAAUAUCGUUUUUGGAAACAAAAUUACGUGCCAAACCCCUACAGGGAAUAAAUACAUGAUUGGAGGAAAAUAUAUAUAUUUCAAUAUUUUCUCCCAGAGUUAUAUGAUUGGGUAAUACUGUAGGCCUAUAUAAAUUGCGGUCAUUGUGGAGCCAUCUGGCAUUGAAACUGCUUGAAAAAAAAAAAA